GUGGGCACUGAAAUCCACUUCACCCAUGCCUAUUUCCUGUAAUGGACGAACUUGAUGCUAAUGUGAGUUCCAAGGAGGGUUUCGGGUCAGUGGAGAAAGUUGUGCUGCUCACGUUUCUCUCGGCGGUGAUCCUGAUGGCCAUCUUGGGGAACCUGCUGGUCAUGGUGGCUGUGUGCAGGGACAGGCAGCUCAGGAAAAUAAAAACCAAUUAUUUCAUUGUAUCUCUUGCCUUUGCGGAUCUGCUGGUUUCGGUGCUGGUGAUGCCCUUUGGUGCCAUUGAGUUGGUUCAAGACAUCUGGAUUUAUGGGGAGAUGUUUUGCCUCGUCCGGACAUCUCUAGACGUCCUGCUCACAACGGCAUCAAUUUUUCACCUGUGCUGCAUUUCUCUGGAUAGGUAUUACGCCAUCUGCUGCCAGCCUUUGGUCUAUAGGAACAAGAUGACCCCUCUGCGCAUUGCAUUAAUGCUGGGAGGCUGCUGGGUCAUCCCCAUGUUUAUCUCUUUUCUCCCUAUAAUGCAAGGCUGGAAUAACAUUGGCAUAAUUGAUUUGAUAGAAAAAAGGAAGUUCAACCACAACUCUAACUCUACGUACUGUAUCUUCAUGGUCAACAAGCCCUAUGCCAUCACCUGCUCUGUGGUGGCCUUCUACAUCCCAUUUCUCCUCAUGGUGCUGGCCUAUUAUCGCAUCUAUGUCACAGCUAAGGAGCAUGCCCACCAGAUCCAGAUGUUACAACGGGCAGGAGCCCCCUUAGAGGGCAGGCCUCAGCCGGCAGACCAGCAUAGCACUCAUCGCAUGAGAACAGAGACCAAAGCAGCCAAGACCCUGUGCAUCAUCAUGGGUUGCUUCUGCCUCUGCUGGGCUCCAUUCUUUGUCACCAAUAUUGUGGAUCCAUUCAUAGACUACACUGUCCCCGGGCAGCUGUGGACCGCUUUCCUUUGGCUCGGCUACAUCAAUUCUGGGUUGAACCCCUUUCUCUACGCCUUCUUGAAUAAGUCUUUUAGACGUGCCUUCCUCAUCAUCCUCUGCUGUGAUGAUGAACGCUACCGAAGACCUUCUAUUCUGGGCCAGACUGUCCCCUGUUCAACCACAACCAUUAAUGGAUCCACACAUGUAUUAAGGGAUGCAGUGGAGUGUGGUGGCCAAUGGGAGAGUCAGUGCCACCCCCCAGCAACUUCUCCUUUGGUGGCAGCUCAGCCCAGGGACACUUAGGCCCCUGGGGCAGUGACUCAGAAGACAGCCAUGCCUCCAAGAGAGGGCCAGGUCCUAAGCUGCUGCUUGUGCGUGACUACACCCGGUGUUCUCUUCACCCGAGCAUUCCGUCCAUCCGUGCAAGCACCCCAUGCCCAGCGGG